CAGGCUCAUAGCUAAAGUGUCAUCAAUUUUGGGGGCAGGGGUAUUUCUUAUUUGCUUUCUUUACCGGAUUAAUUAUACUGGGACAGAGGGGGUGUUUCUUAUCUGCUUCCUUAACUGGAUUAUACUGGCCCGCUCAAAUUUUUAGAACAGCCUUGAAGGGCUAUUGGCUUGUUCCACAUAAUCACACUUGUUAUUGCAUUUGACAAUAACUGAAAGAUGUUUUGUGUUUCCUAACAAAAAUUCACAGUUCAUAGUAUCUUACCUUGUUGCAACAUCUGAAAAGUCUUUUGAGAGAAUUUCAAUUUUCUUAACGAGAGUUUGCCAGUUAAGACCACUCGCAAAUUACAGCUAAUUCCUUCGUACAGUAUAGAAUUAGAACUUUCCACUACUAGAGUAGCACGCGAUGUCUUGAACUAGCUAGAAGUUCGAGAGGCAACAUCAGGGCAUAUAUAUGCGGAUGCGGUAUGCCACUCGCAUCCUCGUCCCUUCACUGCCAGUGCCAGGCUCCAGAAACGACGACCAUUAGUGACAGCGCUCAGGCCGCGCCUUAUCCACCCGACACCUCGCGCUCUCAGUCUCAGCCAUUACCCAGCAUGCUGCUCCAGCUCCACUGCGCCACACCGACCAUCUCUCCGCCUGCCGCCCGCCCCUACCACCUCCACCUCCACCUCCACGGCGCCAGCGGAGCGCUCCCGCACCCGGCGCGCGGCCUCGGGCACCUUCCCCGCGUCCUCUUCGUCGGCGUCGGCGACCCGCGCGCGGACGGAGCGGUCUGCCACGUGAGGCGCCAGGUGCGGUACGACGAGGACGAUGAGGAGGAGGGCGAGGAGGAGUGGGGCCACAACGAGGACGUCGCGAGGAUGGAGCGGUACACCGAGGACGCCCGCGACCAGGCGCUCCUCGUGAAGGCCCGGGUGGACGACGAGGUCGAAGUCGUGCUCGUCUUCAGGGGCUUCUCGUCGAACUUGAGCGGGGGAACGGCCGCGGAUCCGUCGAGGAGUGUCCUGCCGGAGAGGGCGAUCAUACAGUCGGUCGACGUGGUGAGGGGGCCGUUUGACCCCAGCAACAUCGAGUACCUGGAGAAGGGAGUGCAAUGGGACGACUUCAAGAGCCGCCUGUGAUAGCACUAGCUAGCAUAGCAGGAAAGAAAUGCACUGCAACUGCAAAGCAUUCUUCUGUUGUUCUUUAAGACCAUGUCAUCUGCUUCCGACUGAUCAGGCCACGGAAUGGUCGUCCAAACCCAAAUGGGCAAGGCCUUGUUUAGUUCCCAAAAAAUUUUACAAAAUUUUUCAGAUUUCACGUCA